UGAGUUAGAUACGGGGAGUCGCUGAAAGUGUCUGGGAGAGAUAAUCUAGUGAAAGCAUCAGCACGGGGUAGCUAGAAAGGCGACUUCUGGUGGACAGCCCCCUCCUACAUGCAGGCACAGAGGUCGCAGGGAAGAAUCCCACCGCUUCAUGUUCUCACAGCGUCAAUGUAGCUUCAGUCGACUCUGUCAAAGCUGCGUGAUUAAACGAAAGAUUAUGACUGAAAACACCUGGGUGCGGCACGCAUUAGUGGGAAAGGUUUCGCUCUGGCGGAGGUCGUACGCAUUUUUGCCUUUUGUAUUUCCUUGCUGAAUGUCGUGGACAUUUUGGAUUUUUUUUUUAAUGCUCUUGUGUUAUCAAGUCUUACAAAUUAAGGGGCCAUUUUCCCCCCUCCUGUCUUCGCCUUCGGUUAGUUUGUUUGAGUAACACCUGGAAGGUGAAUACUUUGAAGUGAGAAAACAACUGGGGACGACAACGUUAAACAACUUGAGGACGGCUCGCUGAGGAGAAUCACCCCGCCAAUAACCUGGACAUCAGUAAAUGAGACGCUGACUCGGAAGUAAUUUAGAUAAGCAAAUUGGUGGAUCUAUCAUCUGCAAUCCACUGGGAUCCAGGCGCUUGAGUCCUAAAUGACAAGUGCCUGAGGAUGUCCAAGCGUAGCUUAUUUGUUCGUCUGGUGCCGUGCCGCUGCUUGCGGGGUGAGGAGGAGGCCGUAACAUCGCUGGACUACUCCCACUGCAGCUUGGAGACUGUUCCUAAGGAGAUCUUUGGCUUUGAGAAGACCCUGCAGGAACUCUACCUCGAUGCCAACCAGAUUGAGGAGCUGCCUAAACAACUGUUUAACUGCCAGUUACUCCACCGACUGAGCAUGCCAGAUAAUGACCUAACGGUGCUGCCAGCAGCAAUCGCAAAUCUCAUCAAUCUCAGGGAGCUUGAUGUCAGCAAAAACAGUAUCCAGGAGUUUCCAGAAAACAUCAAGAAUUGCAAAGUCCUGGCUAUUGUCGAAGCCAGUGUGAAUCCCAUAUCCAAGCUCCCAGAAGGCUUCACCCAGCUUCUGAGUCUGACGCAGCUCUACCUGAAUGAUGCUUUUCUGGAGUUUUUACCAGCCAGCUUUGGCAGGUUGACUAAACUACAGAUCUUGGAGCUCAGGGAGAACCAGUUAAAGAUGUUGCCAAAAAGCAUGCACAAGCUCACACAGCUGGAGAGGUUGGACCUGGGGAGUAAUGAGUUCACUGAAGUGCCUGAAGUGUUGGAGCAGCUGGCUGGAAUCAAGGAGCUGUGGAUUGAUGGGAACAGACUGACAUUUUUACCUGGGAUGCUUGGGACACUAAAACAGCUGGUAUACCUGGAUGUGUCGAAGAACAACCUGGAGAUGGUAGAUGAACAAAUCUGUGGCUGUGACAGUCUGCAAGACCUACUGCUUUCCAACAAUGCCCUCACACAGCUGCCAGGCUCCAUUGGCUCUCUGAAGAAACUGACUGCACUGAAAGUGGAUGAGAACCAGCUGAUGUACUUGCCAGACUCAAUUGGAGGGCUGACAUCUCUGGAUGAGCUGGACUGCAGUUUCAAUGAGAUCGAAGCCUUGCCCUCUUUCAUCGGCCAGUGCGUCAGCAUCCGCACCUUUGCUGCAGAUCACAACUUCCUUACCCAGCUUCCCCCUGAGAUGGGCAACUGGAAGAAUGCAACUGUGCUGUUCCUUCAUUCCAACAAGCUGGAGUCCUUGCCUGAGGAAAUGGGUGAGAUGCAGAAGCUCAAGGUCAUCAACCUCAGCAACAACAAGUUAAAGAAUCUUCCCUACAGUUUCACUAAACUGAACCAGAUGACUGCAAUGUGGCUGUCUGAAAAUCAGUCAAAGCCCCUGAUUCCUCUCCAGAAGGAGGAGGAUCCAGAGACACACAAAACUGUGCUGACCAACUACAUGUUUCCCCAGCAAAUCAGGACUGAGGACUACAUUCCCAACUCUGACUCUGAGAGCUUCAAUCCAGCACUCUGGGAGGAACAACGCAAGCACCGAGCUCAGGUGGCCUUUGAGUGUGACGAGGACAAGGACGAGAGAGAAACACCCCCAAGGGAAGGAAACCUGAAGCGCUACCCUACGCCAUACCCAGACGAGCUGAAGAACAUGGUGAAGACAGCCCAGUCUGUGGCUCACAGACUGAAGGAGGAUGAGUCGGGUGAUGAGUCGGGAAAAGAUGCAAAACCAAUUGAGAGGAAUCACAUUGGAGUGCAGGAUGUGGGAGUUAAGGUGAUAGAGGCCCCCUGUCCUAACGGCAUGGCAUCAGACGUGGACCCCCAAGUAUCUACCAUCACAUAUCCUUCUGCACCUGAAUCAAAAGACACUUCGGAGUCUUACAGCUCUCAGAAAGUCCCACUCAAAUCUUCAGGGGGCUCUAUGAUGAACCAUGAGGACACACUGGAGGAUUCUGAUGAGCUGUUUGAUGAAGAAGAGGAGAUGAAAAUUGCAGAGAUGAGACCCCCUCUUAUUGAGAUUUCCAUAAACCAGCCUAAAGUAGUGACUUUAAGUAAGGACAAAAAAGAUGACGCUGACUCUUUGCUGGAUGACACAGUGGCCAACAGCAACCAGAACAACAGUAACUGUUCAUCGCCAUCCCGCAUGUCUGACUCCGUGUCUCUGACCACAGACAGCAGUCAGGACAACUCUCUGUGCACCCCAGAGAGAGAGGCAAAGAUGCCCUUCCUACCAAAAAGCCGGCAAGAAGAUGAGAAUAUGAACCAGCCUAAAGACACCACCCCUCUCCUCCAUAAUGGCAAUGGCUCUGAAACGUCCCUUCAGGCCCUUUUGAAAACCCAGCAGACCCCACCAGAGAAAAUGGGUGACUACGACCUGUCCAUGGAAGCCAGACUGGCCUUCAUUGAGAAGGGAAUUAACAACGGCAUGGGAGAAACCUACACAAAGUGGGACCAGAUCAAUAUGAAUGUGUCCAAGUUGCCAACCGACAACAUGGUUCAGAUGGAUGACGUGGACAAAACCAGGAAUGGUUCUGUAACCCAGGAGGACUUUGACAGCAAGCAGGGUUUUAGCAACGACAAUAUGGAGCAUUUUCUGAAUGGAAACCAGCAGGUCAGUGAAUGCAUCAAUAGUCUCGGGGACAAAAGCCACGCGAUGAGGGUGGAGACAUCUGCUGUGCAUGUGGCCUCGACAGGCGUGACAGCCAGCAGUGACAUGUCUCUGUCUCGCAGCACAGAGGAACUGUCUCCAGAGAAAAGGUGCCAUCCCCCGCAGGUGAUGAAGUCUCACAGUGUAAGCAACAUAGAAACAGAAGACAUGAAGCUUUACUCUUUUGAUGGGGAUAGUGACACAACAGGAAUGACUAGGGUGGCGGGGGCCGGCCCAGGGCCAGGAGCUCAGGGCCAGAGCAUAGUCAGGAGCAAGUCAGCCAGUCAGUUACUCAACGACCAGACUCUCCAGGUCUACCCCUGCUCCUCUGCAUCUUCCUCAGACCUGCUAUCUUCCUCUAAGCCCCCCGCCAGCACCAGCAGAUAUCCAGUUUCCUCCAGCAUGGCCAUGGGCAUUCCUCCUCCUCAGUACAAUAUACAGUACACAAGCAGUGCCAUACCUAAAGAGGGCCUCUGGGCCCAGAGGACACCCAUGCCCCUAGAGCACCAAGGCUACCUCCCUCCUCCUCCACACUCACUAGCCAACACCAACUACUCCAACCGUAAUCAAGCACCUCCCUACCCUCUACAGCCCCAGCAGAGGGGGCCUCCCAUGGGUCCCAAACCGUCUGGGGACAUGUGGGUUAAAGAGAGACUUUAUUCUACUGGAAGCCAGUCUAGAAGCAGCACUCUGCAGAGGCAAAGCAGCACCACCUCCACCGCCUCCAUGAGCGACCCAAGGCGCAUGCAGGUGCCUGACGGCGAAUACAUGACAUACAGGGACAUUCACACCCUCGCCAGGGGGCCGCUGGCCAUGAGCCAGGCCAUGCAGAGGCCCCUCUCAGCUCGCACUUACAGCAUCGACGUACCUGGAUCUUCCAGGCCUCUCAGCGCCAAGCCGCAGCCCCAUGAGCUUCCAGAGAGGACCAUGUCUGUCAGCGAUUUCAACUACCAGCACAGCAGCCCCAGCAAGAGGCCCAACACCAGGGUGAAGUCUGAGCACUCACUGCUUGAUGGGCCCGGUCAGUUGUCAGGGGGAGCAGGAAGGGUGCCAUCUGACUGGAGAGACCAGGUGAUGCGGCACAUUGAGGCAAAAAAAAUGGAAAAGAAUGCGCUGUCUCGCUCCUAUAAUUCCAAUAACACUCCGCUGAACUGGUCUCACUACGGCAGCUGUAGGGAUAUGCAUGCCAGCCAAGGGUCUCUGGUCUUUAGUGCCAGGGACGGACAGCCCUACGGAGCUCUUGGCUUCUGUGAUGAUGUGUUUAGUCCCCAAGGGCAGCAGAGCUACACCUUGGACCACAGAAAAGUGCCUUUGAUGAAUGGUCAGAUGGGCCCUUCUGUUCGUCCUCAGAUGAGCCAGGCGCCCAUGGCUCGCCACCCUUCCAGAGAGCAGCUCAUUGAUUAUCUGAUGCUCAAAGUCUCCCAUCAGCCUCAGGGGCCUCCACGCAUCCCACAUGACACACUGCAAGAGAUCCGUGUGAAAGUGGAGAAGAAUCCAGAGCUGGGUUUCAGUAUAUCAGGAGGAGUGGGAGGCCGGGGAAAUCCCUUUCGUCCAGAUGACAAUGGUAUAUUUGUGACAAGGGUUCAACCUGAGGGACCAGCAUCCAAGAUUCUUCAGCCUGGAGAUAAAAUUAUCCAGGUAAAUGGAUACAGCUUUGUGAAUAUCGAUCACGGGAAUGCAGUGGCCCUCCUGAAGACAUUUCCAAACACUGUGGAUUUGACUAUCAUAAGAGAAAUGCAAGCAUAGACUCAACUGAAACUGACCUCUGGAGAGGGGGGGACAUACGAGAGACGAACAGAGAAAUUUAUGUGGACUCUCAUAUUUUUAUACACAGAGGAGACUGAUCUGUUGAUACCUGUUGGGACUAUUUAUAGUAGAGAUCUUCAUAGCCUUGAUUGAACGGGGAAAACCACUGAAUGUAGUGGAUCAAAAUGAGACGGCGGCAAACCUCUGCAAGUACGAGUCCUCAAAAGGCCAUCACUGUGGUAUAUAUAUUUUUAUACAAAAGAAGCGGAAGCUAUGACCUGCUCUGAAGCAAAUAAUUACUGUGGUCCUUUUUUUUUUUUUUUUUUUUUUUUUUUGUCUAAAACUCAUAAAUCCUCAUAAUUAGGUUUUAUUUCUCCGGUUUGACAUAAAUUGACCACUCGGGGGCAGGGCUGCCCUUUUCUGUCAUCCACUUUGCCUUUUCUUUUUGUUUUUUACUUUUUAUGUAAGAUGUUGAAACCAUUUUCUGGUGUGCCGUGCGAUAUUACAUGGAGGACAAUGUUACGUGCUUUUCAUGUGAAGACGAAUGUAGAUCAAGGAAAUGUUUUGAUUUUGUUUUUAUGGAGAGACAUUUUAAGUUUCUGCGAAUUCGGAGAGUUGAGAAGAGCACAUCAUCCCUCUCUGCUUCCAUAAACCAUAAACACCUUCCAUCGUACGCGACACUUUUGUCCUCAGAUCCUCCCAAAUAUCCUCAAAGCAAUUGCUCGGCAUAUCACCUAACUAGACCACUACCUGUGCUGUGUGUGUGUGUGUUGGGAGGGGAGGGGUUCCUUUUCAGCUUUUCAGAGAUUGAAGAAAUGCAGUUAAUGAGAUUUAAAGGAAAUUUAAAUAUCGGGGAAAUAGGAGUGGAGAGCUAUAGUAUGUGUUUGCUCAGCCUUAAUCUGUUUCGCAAGUCAGAAGCUGCUGUUUAAAGCGAAGUUUUGACAUUUUGGGAAAUAGGGUUAAUUCACGGCUGCACGCAAGUUGAUGCUCUAGCAGUAAGCUAACUGGCACAUAGAAUAGAAACAUAAAGGAACGGCUAACUGACUCUGUCAAAGGUAACAAAAUCCACCUACCAGCACCUCUAAAGCUCACUAAUUAAAAUAUAUGUAGUUUGGUUAACACUUUUUACAGGAGUUAACUUAUGCCAGACUUCCUGAAAUCUUUGGACAGAUCAAGCUUGUUAGCCGUGUUCCCCAGUUUCCAGUCUUUGCGCUAACCUAAGCUAACAUUAGCAAACUGCUAACGGAAAGGUAGCUAUCAAUCUUCUCCACUUCUCUUAAUUUUUACCGCCAUAAAGUGAAUACCCGUAUUUCCCCAAAUGUCAAAACUAUUCCUUUAAGCAGAGAAACAUAUUGGCGGUUAUGCUAGUUAACCAAAGCCAAGUUUGGAAAAUGUGGACAGAAGGCAAAAGCAGGAGACAACUUAAGAAAGAGAUUUGAAUAAGGACAGGUCAAUGUUUCACAUGUGUUUUUCAUUUUUUAUUUUUAAGGGCUUCAUCGUUCAGGCAGCCAUUGGUGAGAUGAGUGUUUGUAUCGCAGAGGUUUCAACAUCUGGCAGUUUUAUUUUUUACAUGGGAGAAGACCACAGUUUGCCUUUUUGUGUCUUUAAAAAUGUUUUAUCAUGCUUUUAUCAUCACUUUGGAGCAGUUUCCCAUUUCUUUUUUUCCUCGCUGUACAGAGUGGAUUUGGGAGAAGCAAGUUGUCAAGUGCCAUAGACCUUGAACUGUUUGAAUAGGGGAGGACCUUUGACCCCAGAGCCCAAGCAAUAUUCACCACAUUCUGAGUACAUUUGCAGCAUAUUGACCUAAAAGCAAUAUUUAAAGCCUUUAUUUUCAUUCAGAAAAACAUCAGAUAACAUUUUUUAAAAACACAACCUUUUAGUAAUCCCUGACGAUUUUACAUGAUUUUAUAUUGUGAAAAUAAUCUUUUUUUGUAAUGAAAUAGCACAGGAAAUAUAUAUGGUAGUGCUAAAAAAAAAAGCAAAAUUUCUCUGCAUUGUGUAAAAGUGAAUGUUUGUGUCACUUUGCUCAAGGCUUCUUACUGUUUGUUGCUUACAUUACCAUAACUCCUGAUGUUCAUCUGUGCAAAAUAAUCAACGCUGAAAAACGAAUCCAGUCAAAGCUGCAUCUCAAAACAUUCCUAAUGUUUGUCAAAUAGUGUCAGAGGGAAAAAUGUGGGUUUUUUACGUCCACAUCAUGUGAUCAAAUGUUCUGCUCCUCUCCUUUUUAUAUUCUUUCACUUGUAAAUAACUAUUCAGUGAGACGUAUUUCUAAAUGAAAUGGAAAUGAUAAAGUUCACAUACUAAGUAAUGGCCCAUAAAUUCUAACGGCAUAUUUGUGACCACUGAAUUGUUUGUAAAAUAUAUAAUAGCAUUUGAUCGUACAAUGUUUCAGCAAAUGGCAUUCUCUCAACUUGUUUACAGUAGAUUGUGUCGUCUACUGUACUCUUCCUGUACGUAGUGAAGUUUGACCCAUAUGUUGUGCUCGUGGCACUGUCCAACAAAAAUGAAAACACUUGUAAGUCACUAAUUUAAAUAUCCCAUUUAAUGAUAAUAGCCAUGCUAUUUUAAAGGUAGCUAUUCUAAGUGAAGCUGUGCCCUUCAUUUUUAAGCUGAAUCUAAAAUUGGUACAUUGUAUUUACAGGCAAAUGCCAAUAAUGUUUGUUCUGUGAGAAAUUUGGGAAACAUAUAGUGUUUUACACAGAUGAAUUGUUUUUAUUAAUUGUAUUAAUUUUGUUGGUGAUUUGUUUACUUUCUAAGAGUAGGGGGAAACAUUUCUGGGGUAAUGGUCACUUUAUAUUCACAGCAAAAACAUGCCGUCUGACAUUGUAGACAAUCUUGGGAGAUAAAACAUGUCACAUUUUCUUCAUCCAUUGUCGGUCUGUUCCUUAUGCUCCUUUUAUUGUUCUUAUUUAUUUAGCAGUCUUCUGUGGUUUUUAGACCUUACUAAUCAAAUUGUAAAUACUCUAAAUUGAGAAAAGAAUUAAUCAUGGCAUUAGUGACUUGCGAUUGUAAAACCAGCAAUAAAUUGCAAUGCAGAGGCACCUGUUUUAAUGUAUAGGUAGUAUUUCUAAGGUUUCUCUGGAAACAGCCACAGUGAUGAUAUGCAUUUAUCCAACAUUCCAGAUUUUGUACAUAAUUACCUGUUUCUGAAGUAACCUGUGGACAAUAAAACUAAUGCUCUUUAAAAAGGA